AUGAGUCCUGUUACAGUAACUUUCCUAAUGUUGGUGUUCUUAGAAUCUUUUAAACUAAGUUUUUGCGGCAGAAACCACAACGUGACUUGUAUUCAAAGCGAAAGGCAAGCUCUUUUGAGGUUCAAGCAGCAUCUCAAAGAUCCUUCAAAUCGACUAUCCAGUUGGACCAAAAAUGGAGAUUGUUGCAGAUGGGAUGGAAUUAUAUGCAGCAAUGUGAGUGGCCAUGUUAUUGAGCUCCACCUUGGAAGUUCCCGCGGUACCAGAAAGUUGGGAGGUAAGUUGAAUCCAGCUCUGCUAGAUUUGAACCAUUUAACUUACUUGGACCUAAGCGACAAUGAUUUCAGACAAACUGAAAUUCCAACCUGGUUUUGGAACAUGUCUUCCAAUCUGUCCUACUUCAACAUCUCUCGAAAUCAGUUCCAAGGCAACAUUCCUGAUCUACUCACAAUGACUCAACCUUCUGUCUUGAUAGAUCUCAGUUGUAAUAACUUUACAGGUUCACUUCCUCUUCUCUCCUCCAACGUGACCGCCAUAGAUUUUUCUUUCAAUUCCCUGUCAGGAUCAAUGUCGCAUUUCUUGUGCCACAAGCUGAAUGAGCCAAUGAAAUUGGAAAUUCUAAAUCUCGGUCAUAAUCUCCUAUCAGGUAAAAUACCUGAAUGCUGGAAGAAGUGGUCAAGAUUAGUAGGGAUCAAACUUUGUGACAACAAUUUUAGUGGCAAGAUUCCAGGGUCCAUGGGAGCUUUAACUUUGCUUCAAUCUUUACACGUUCGAAACAACUCUGUUGUUGGUGAAAUACCCUCAUCUUUAAGACAUUGCGGUGAAUUGGUUACUGUUGAUUUUGGUUAUAAUCAACUCUCUGGAGAUAUUCCAGGGUGGAUGGGAGAGAGGUUACCAAAGUUGAUAAUCUUAAGCCUUCACUCAAACAAGUUUACAGGUACCCUACCUGAAGAACUUUGUGCCCUAUCCUAUCUGCAAAUCCUAGACCUUGCCCACAACAAUUUGGUAAGUGAGAUACCCAGCUGUAUCAACAAUCUCAGUGCUAUGAACUCGGGAAAUAAUUCAGAUGACAAAAUAUUUUAUAGAACCUCAAAAGGAAGCUUUUUUGAGGAUAUUUUAGUUGUGAUGAAAGGAAGGGUUGUGAACUAUGACACUACUCUUAAAUUGGUUAAAACAAUGGACCUUUCAGACAAUAACUUAUCUGGUGAAAUCCCUGAGGAGGUGACAAGUCUUGCAGGCCUGCAAUCAUUGAAUUUCUCACAUAGUCAUUUAGUUGGAAGGAUCCCUUAUAACAUAGGAGCAAUGACAUCAUUGGAAUGUUUUGAUUUGUCAACAAACAAUCUUUCUGGUGAAAUCCCUCUAACAAUCUCAGACCUCUCUUUCUUGAGUCACCUCAACUUGUCCUACAACAAGUUUACUGGAAAAAUCCCCACAGGAACUCAGCUGCAAAGCUUGAAUGCUGACAGCUUUUAUGGCACCAAGCUUUUUGGGCCACCACUAAGUGAGAGUUCCACUGAUGUGAGGUUCGGCACCGGCGGUGUACCGAAAAAUCGAGAGGAUCAACACCAAGUUGACUGGUUCUUUCUAACCGUAGAAUUGGGAUUUUUGUCAGGCUUCUUUGGUACAGUGUUCUUAUUAAUGUUGUGCAAGUCAGGGAGAUUAGUACAUUUUCAAUAUGUGGAUGAGACAGGGCAUAGCUUAGGUCGCAUUAUUAGAAAAUAUAUUGUAAAGUAG